AUCGUGCGCCUACAUGUGGACACAGGUCAGACGGGGGUAUCGGCUGUUGGACGCCGGCUAGCUUGUCAAAUGAGACCUGUGAGCUGUUGUUGAGUGUUUUCUUUCAUAGCUGACAUCUUUCAUCACAGAGGACGCGGCACGACCGACAGAACAUCGGCAGACAUGUCUUACUGCAGGCAAGAGGGGAAAGAUCGGAUAAUCUUUGUUACCAAGGAAGAUCAUGAGACACCUAGCAAUGCUGAGCUCAUUGCAGAGGACCCUGAUGAUCCUUAUGAGGAACAGGGCCUGAUCCUGCCAAAUGGAGACAUCAACUGGAACUGCCCGUGUCUGGGCGGCAUGGCAAGUGGACCUUGUGGUUCUCAGUUCAAGGAGGCCUUUUCUUGCUUCCACUACAGUAAGGAAGAGGUGAAGGGCUCUGAGUGCAUCGACAACUUCCGUAACAUGCAAGAGUGCAUGCAGAGGUACCCCGAGCUUUAUCCUCAGGAGGAAGAAAAAGAAAGUUCUCCACAGGCAGAAUCUGAUUCUGGGUCUGCUUCUGCUGCCCCGUCUGAAAGUUCUACCUUAACCCCUGAAACUGACUCUACCCCAGGUCCUGACAACACGUUACCUACUGACAACCAGACUGUCAGCUAAUGUCAGUUUGUUGUCAUCCAGGCCCUUGUCCUCUGUGUGAAAGCACUGCCCAGCAUAUGUCACCCUCCUCUGGGAGAUCUGAUUGGUCUCUUCUUCUGUUAAAGCCUGCAGAGGGGGAUUUACCAACCUAGCUCUGACACUCACUGUCAAUAUGUACAGGCCAUCAGAGAAGGACUCCAGGAAUGCAGAGUAAAGACCUACACAUGAAUAAAAGUAAAGGCUACUUCAUUUGCUAAGCGCUCUAAUCAUUUAAUAUUCUUAUUUAAGGAUGACCGAUCAAGCUGUUUGCUGCAGGGACAUUAGCUAAUAGAUUCAUUCUAUAUGCAAUAUGCAUUUUUUCAUGUCAAUCAGAAGAGCCUAAUUGUGUGUUGUCCUGUUGAUGUCACUGUUCAAGGAUGUCACUUGCACUGAUGAUAGAAAAUAAUUAUAUAUAUAUAUACAAGACAGUAAACUAGAACCUGAUUGACUAAUGUGAGCAAUGCUCAGCCUAUCCUAGAAAUAUACAGAACCUCAAGUCUAUGCAGUUUGACUAUUCAUUAACUUAAUCAAGGACUUAGUCCCUUUUUCCAUCUCUUGAGGGACCAAAACUCACAGACUUGUUAAAAAAAACAGGGCAACUAUUAUAGCGUCCAUUCAUACACAUUAAAAUGAUACAUACAGGGAAGUGAGUUGUAUGGCACUUGUAGAGCCUCGUGAUCUCCAGCUACUAUUCAUCUAUUGCCAUAUGAGCACUGGUCAUCGUUUUAGAACUGACUCCAUAUCCGGCCUUAAGGUGGUUUUUCAUAUUUCACUGCAUCACUGAUUUUGCUGUCUUAACACUGUCUGGUAGAUCUGUGGUCACCAAUGUCAUUCAGGCUUUAAAAGACUUGGGUUUGAUUUUCUCAAACAUGCAGAUUAAAAUAAUCAUUGGACAGUUUCAGCUUACUGUUUUUUUGUCCUGUGCUUGUUUAAGUGCAAAACUUUUAUGUCUGAUUUUUCCUUGGUUUCAUGUGAAGUAAGAAUUGACAAAAACAGCUCACUGUAUAGGAAAGAACUACUUCAAAGUUAUUCCUGAGUUACAUUGCUAAUAAAAAUGGAGAUAAAACAUUGAA